AUGGCACCCCAUUCAACAGCUUCCGAUGCAGAUUCUCGCAGCUCGCGAUCGCGUCCGUCCACCGCAGUUACCAGCGCUCCCACAUCGCCACCCGAGGACAAAAAGCCCGACAACGACGGCGACAUGGCAACCACUUCGACUUUCAGUGAUCAGCAGAUGCUCACAGAGGAGAAGAAGGCAAGAGCCGAGAACACCCGAAAUGAAGCCAAACGCCUCGCCCAAGCACGUAACAAGCGCAAGAAGGUGCAACUUUCGCCUGAGGAGAGAGCUCGCAAGGCUAAGGAACUGGACGAGCUCCUUCACAAGAGUAAAGUCUUCAGUGACAUCCUGACCCAGAAGACGAAAGCACUUGGUAGAGUUGGUCGUGAUUUCGACAACCAGGCCUUGGUGGAUGCCGGCCUCGAAUUGAAGCAGCAGCCCAAAAUCAUGAUCAAUGGCACCAUGCGGGACUACCAAUUGGAGGGUCUCACAUGGAUGUACGAGAUAUGUUUGCAGGGCCUCAGUGGUAUCUUGGCCGAUGAGAUGGGCUUGGGCAAAACCAUCCAGGUCAUUUCCUUGGUUGCCUUGCUUCGCGAACAAGAACAGUACUAUGGGCCACACCUCAUCAUGGCUCCUCUUAGCACAUUAUCGAAUUGGCAGGAUGAAUUCAAGAAGUGGACCCCAUCGAUACCCUUCGUGCUUUACCAUGGCACACCGCCGGAGAGACAACAAAUCUUUCGUGAUAAGAUCAUGAGAAACUAUCAGAAGGGUCGUCCCAGUCAGCGGUUCCCCGUGGUUGUUACCAGCUACGAGAUGGUUCUGAGAGACCAUGCAGCGCUCUCCAAGAUCGACUGGGCCUUCAUUGUUGUCGAUGAGGGACAUCGCAUGAAGAAUGCGGACGCGAAACUCUUCCGGGAGCUUCAGCAAUUCAAGUCGGCAACUCGCCUUUUGAUCACCGGAACACCACUUCAAAACAACCUCAAGGAGUUGUGGUCCCUGCUUCACUUCCUCAUGCCCGAAACGUUUCUCGACUGGGAAGCUUUCGAGGUUUGGUUCGACUUCAGCGACCUUCAGGAUGAGGAGGGGACGCAUCAGUUCAUUGAGGACAAAAGUAAUCAGGACCUUGUGGCCAAGAUUCACAAAGUCCUUCAGCCACUGUUGCUACGCAGAAUAAAGGCAGAUGUCGCCAAUUAUCUGCCAAAGAAGCGUGAAUACGUCCUAUAUGCACCAAUGACGAAGGAGCAGACGGACCUGUAUCAUGUUAUUAGUGACAAAAAGACGGACACGAGGGCUUACCUCGAGAACAAGGCCGUUGAACGAUUGACUGGAGCCACCAACAGCCCCAAUGGGUCCCUCCGUUCCAGUCGUCAGUCGUCACGUGCUCCUAGCGCACAGCUGACUGGAGCGGCAUCACCAGCGAAGAGCGCGUUUGCCCUGAUGAUGGGCAAAAAUGGAAGCUCUCGGUCGAAGACGGUCUCCAAGACAGCCUCCCCCAAGACGCCGACCAGAAGUACGAAGAGAAAGGUGUCCCCCACAAGUGAGGCCUCAGCUUCUAAAAGCAACAAGUCAAGCCGGCAGUCGACGCCAGCCACGAGUACGAGUACCAGGAGCCGCGGGCGACCUAGAAAGAGCCUUGCUUCCUACAAGGUACCGGACGAUAGUGAUGACGAUGAUCUCGACGACGAAGAGUUUGAAGCAAAGUUGGCGAAAGAGCUCGAAGCAAAUCGAUACGACUCUGAUGAGCUGAACCAAGACCCCGAGGAUGUCGAGCGGGCUGCGUCGCUUGACCUUGCCAAAAUGCAAAUCGCCGAGAAGAAGCUCGGCAAUCCCUUGAUGCAGCUGAGACUCGUUUGUAAUAGCCCACACAAUUUUUACAAUCCGUGGACUUACAGCGAAACUGAACCUGUCAACGAGAGUAUCGUGACGGCCUCUGGCAAGAUGCUUCUGCUGGACCGCUUACUCCCAGAAUUAUUCCGGCGUGGUCACAAGGUCUUGAUAUUUACUCAGUUCACGACUCAACUUGACAUAUUACACGACUACUGUGCCGAAUUACGAGGGUGGAACGUCUGUCGCAUCGAUGGAAGCGUUGCCCAAGACGACAGACGGCAGCAGAUUAAGGAAUUCAACGAGAAUCCAGACUUCAAGAUUUUCUUGCUGUCGACGCGAGCCGGAGGGCAGGGUAUCAAUCUUGCCAGUGCAGACACUGUGGUUCUCUUCGAUUCCGAUUGGAAUCCACAACAGGACCUCCAGGCGCAGGAUAGAUGCCACCGAAUUGGCCAAACGCGACCCGUCGUAGUCUAUCGGCUUGCCACCAAAGGCACGGUAGAAGAAUCACUGCUGAUGAGCGCGGAUGCGAAGCGCAGACUGGAAAAGCUCGUCAUCAAGAAAGGAGGCUUCAAGACGAUGGGACAGAAGCUCGACAAUGGCGAGGAUAUGGACAAGGAAACUCUUCAGGCCCUGUUGUUGAAGGAUGGGGAAGUGUACAAACACACUGGGGGAGACCAGAUCUUUAGCGACGAAGAUCUGGAUGUUCUAUGCGACAGGAGUGAUGAGGCGUUCGAACGCGCCGCUCGUGGCGCCGGCAACGCUGCUGGUUUCCAGGUUGUCGAAACUGCCGCCAACGGCAUCACUCAGAUGACCGGGUGA